AUGAGCUACGUAGUCUUCACGAUUGUCGACAGCAAGCUGCUCGCUGUGACCAAGUCCCAGGGCAUAUUCACGCCUGGUCUCACAGGUUCACGCAAGACCAGUGACAGAUCCGAUCCUGGCUCACCAGUCGACGUGUUUAGUGGGCCUCUAGCUGUGGGUGUUGUAAUGUCCUGUACAUCUAUACCGCAGGAAGUCCUCUGA